CGUGUCAGCUGACUUCCGUUAUCAAUUGUCAAAGAAAAAUAAUAUCAACAUUUCAAAAACUUGCUACAAGUCGCUCUUUAUUUAGAUUUUAGUGAACUUAUCCUCCAAUUUAAAGAUUUUCGUACACGACGCAAUGUGUAAUAAUAUGGAUGACUUUUUCAAACCAAUAGUUUUAGUGACGGGUUUCGGCCCUUUUGCAAAUCACCCGGUAAACGCAAGUUGGGAAGCUGUGAAAUUGAUGAAUAAAGAAGAAAUUGAGCGAAAACACAAGAUUGAGUUUGUUCCACUUGAAAUUCCUGUUACUUAUGAAAAUGUUGACGAGUUUGUGCCAGCGUUAUGGGAUACACAUGAACCUAAGUUGAUGAUCCACGUAGGAGUAUCAAGUAACGCAAAGGAACUAACCCUGGAGAUGCAGGCACACAAAAAGGGCUACCAACGCAUGGACUACCUGGACCGUUGCCCACCUAACCACGUCUGCCCGGCUGACGGAGCCAUCCGAAUGCAGACUAGGCUGGACAUCGAGAGGAUAUGCAAGGAGUUCAAUGACGGUAACCCACUAGAAGAAAGAAGUAGUGCUGUGGUCUCGAAGGAUGCUGGGAGAUACUUAUGCGAAUAUAUCUACUACCGAUCCUUGAGUAUAGACAAUACUCGUACUAUCUUUGUCCAUGUUCCGGACAUGCAGAUAUACUCUUCAGAGACUACUGCCCGAGGGUUGGAGAGGAUCCUGGAUUUGUGUCUCAAUCAGAUAAGAGAGAGAGAAGCAGCAGAAAAGAUGUAUGGCACAGCAGAUUAAUGGAAAUCUUAAGAAGUAGAUAAUUGAUAAUAAAGCAAACAGAGCAGCUUUUCAGGGCCACAAAAUAUAUACAUAUAAUGAAUAGGAAAAGUUACCUAUAACAUCUUUGAAGGUAAGCGCAGGUACCUAUAAAAAUUAUUACUAAUGUAGGUAACGAGUGAAAUAUAAUGCUAUCGAACUGAAAUAGAUAUUAUACUUAACUAUUAUUUGUAAAGCACUAUGCAUUCCAUAAUUGUUGUACAAAAAUUUAUCUUUAAAGUUUUGUGUAUUAUAAGUAUAAUGAGAUGUUUAUCAGUAUUGUAAGAAAAACAUUGUAAUCGAAAAUUCUAUGUACUACAAUACAAAUUCAUGGAUUAUUUAAUUUUGCCGAAGUCUAAAUUUAACUGAAGACGAAUAAAAUCAGUAUCAACAAAAUGUAAAUAUGUACUUAAGAAUAAACAGACAAGGCAGGUGAAAUUAAAAAAUCCGUGAUAAGGAUCAUAAAUAAAAGAUACAUAUAGUUAAUAAACAUUAGUUUAUUGUCUAA